AUGUUGGCCACAAUAUCGUACACUCCAGCUGUCAAACUAAGCAAGGAAAAGCCCAGCAUUGUUUGGAAACUCGAUGAGGAAGAUGAUUCAGAAUUGGAUAUUGUAACUACGUUGUUGAUUAAGCAGGCUUGUCUAGGGGCUUCCGCAAAAAAAGACGAAGUAAAUGUUGUAGAAGUUUGCACCGUUGACUAUAGUGGUGAAGAAGUUCAGUGUCCAAUCGUUAAUUUAACGUGCAAAGGAUCAUCUGCAUGCAGUACAGUGAAUGCAACCCUCCAUUCUCCCGUUGAAUUAAAAUUAACCGCUGGUAGUGGACCGGUUCAUUUAUCUGGUUGUCUUGAAGAAGUUUUAGUUGAUAUGUCUGAUGAUGAAGAUGAAGACGAAGAUGCCGAUGAAGAUUCCGAAAUUAAGACUGCAUUACAGAAACGAGGAGCAUUAGAUGAAGGAAACGGGCCGGUUGCAAAAAAGAAUAAACAAACGCCUGUAAAGGAGACAUCUAAGAGUUCUGAACCCAUGAAUGUUGAUGAAAUCAAAAAGAAGCUAGGAAAGUCGCCAAACUUACCAAAGAAACCCGAAAAAUUUCAGAAUUUCAUGAAACACAACUUUAAUGUUACUUCAGAAGAGGUCAUUGGUAACUUAUGGCAAUGGGUAUCAAAACAAGCGUCUAAAAAGUAG